AUGCAGCGAGCUUUUAUAGCUAUCCUUACCUUUUCUCUUGGGACAGCAGGGGCUGCUCCGGGGUAUGCCUGCACGUACUACGAUGUUGUCGAGUACCUGAACGUUUCCUCGCACAGCAAGAUGCAUGCACACAUACUGCCCAAGACAAACCCGAAGGAGCCCAUGGAAGUGAAGAUGGAUUUUACGCUGGUGGCUAUUCUCUCUGUGGUUGAAAAGCUCCAGACGGUCACUUUUUACUUCGUGCUGGACCUGGAGUGGAAAAACCCUUUUGCAACUUGGAACCCACGAGAUUUCUGUAACGUUUCCAAAAUUGUUCUGCCCAUGGGUGCAUAUUGGUCUCCUUCCAUCUUCAUCGUAGAGCGAGUGAACGGACAAAAUCCCAACCCGGAUUACAUGACCGUCACGUACAACGGUGUCUUCUAUGCCACCCAGCCCUUCCAGGCCACCUUAACGUGCAGCUUGAUGAUCUUCAAGUUUCCUUUUGACACCCAGAUGUGCAACUUGAGCAUCACUUCCUUACUCUACCCAGUAACAGACCUGGUCUUGAAGAGAAGAGGGACACCAGCUGAGCUAAUGAAACACAGCCAGAGCUACUUCCUAACUGACGGGGAGUGGAAGUUCACCAACCUGAACAUCAUUGAAUACACAGAAAAUCUGGACAAUGGAGAAUAUUCUGUGGUCACCUACAAGAUUUCCCUGGAGAGACGACCCACUCUGUACGUUCUGAACCUGAUCCUGCCAACUUGCGCCCUGUACCUGCUGGACAUGGCCGUGUUGUUUGGACCCAGCUCUCUCGAGGACAAAAUCAAUUUCCAGAUUGCCAUCAUCCUCGGCAGCUCCAUGUUAGCUGUGAUUCUCAACAACAUCCUUCCAACUUCCUCGGAAAAACCACCCAUAAUAGUGGUAUUCUUCCUGGGCACCUUCCUGCUCAUGAUCAUGGCUGUGUUAGACACCCUCUUCCUCUUGCACCAGCGGCACAAAUCCCCAGGCUUGGACAAGGCUCUGGGAGGUUUCCAGCGAGACGAGCAUAUCGAGCUGGCGACACGAGCCAUGAACAACCAGCCCGUGGAACAUCUUGCCAAGGAAGGCGCUCAGCAAAUGCGGACCCGGCCAAGGACGCCCCAGAAAAAAGGCCAGCCAGUCGAGCCCCCCUGGAAACCGCAGCAGCAGGACCCAUUUCUGCCAGUUCUGGAGAAGGUGCUUCUCUACGGUCACUUCUUCCUGUCCCUGUUCUUUUUUGCCAUUAUUUCUAUAAAAUGGAGCACCUAA